AUGAAAUCAGUCCACUCCAUUCUGUCAUUUGAGUUAAGAAAGGCCUGGGGAGACUAUGAGCAUAUUUGCACGAUCAUCACCAACGUGAUCGAAGAGCUAGGUUGGACCAUUCACGAAGGUCGCGUCAGGAUUAAGAUCGACAGGCUUCCCAGUGAUGAAAGUCAACCUUUACCAGUACACAUCAUCAAAGAUAAGGAGGAAAUGAUCGAGCAAGCCGAGAAGACCGUGGCAGAGAUGAGUAACAUCAUGAUUUGGACAGAGGCAGAAGCAGAUCGUUUGAAGCAAGAUGGCGGAAGUCCACACACCUUGGUUUUCUGGUGUUCGGAACCAGAGACUCUGAUGGAGUAUCUUUGGUCAGCUAGAGACAGAGGCGUGGCGACAAUCGCAAACAUAGAAUGGCAAGUUUUGGGUAUGCAGUCCCAGGAAGUGCCAUCCUCGUCGAUAAUGAGAAGGCGUGGACGUUGGACACGUGUGGAUAUGACAGCAGGAUCCUAG